AUGGGUCGGCGAAAGCGCUCAACUGCCGCUUCGCAGCCUUGCAAGAAGAUCAAAACGGAACAACUAAAAGGAAACAAACUUACCACGCCGGUUGAGCGUCCAUCGCGACCAGCCCGUUGCAACGAUCGCCGCAGCCGCCGCAUCAGGGGAUUAUCCCCAUUUCCCCCCAAUGUCAGGGAGCCUAAAGGACCUCAAUACUCGUCUCUAGGCCAGAAAUCCGCAGUAGAUACCACUUCUGCCGAAAGCCCAGACGACAAGCCCCCGCGCACGGAGGCCUACGUCGACAAUGCAACUCAGGCAGAAUACCAAGGCGUGGCAGAAGAGAAAGGGCCUCAGACAGGACACCAAGACGUGGCCAGAGCAGCAUUUCUAUCAGCAACUGCACAGUUGGCGUACAACGACCCAGUAGAAAGCCGGACCAUGAACGACGCUCAGCCUGGGCGAACCGCCAUUUGGGACACCACAACGACAGAGUCCAUGCGAAGCACGCCUGCACAUCAGCCAACUGUGUCCAUCGCGUCCCGGAAGCUCGAGUGGAAGAAUGCAGCAAGCUCUGUGCGGAGUUCGACAGCUUCAUCUACAGAGCAAGAGGCCGGUUCAACGAAUAGCAUCUACAAAAUGGAAGACUUCCGUUCCAGAUUGGAGGACAGGUCUCUAAUGGUGCAGUUGUUUAUGAAUCGGUAUUCUGAGGACAUAGAUGAAGAAAGUGUAGAGGACACGACCAGGAAAUUACGGGAAACCAUCAAGGAGGAAAAUCAUGACCCUCCAGCCGAUGCGCGUUACGAGUCCGAGGUGCUGAGAUUGACCAUGGAGCAGCUGCAGUUCAAGAACAAGGAUUACGUCAUAGCAGAGCUUGGUGAUCUCGUCUGCCCUCCAGCAAAACGCCUCUUUGCUAUCCACCAUGGAGACACUAAGCUCCAUAAAACCUAUAAACUCUUUGCUGAUAAUCGGAACGAGGUAUGGGCAAAGGCACCUCAGCUUCGAGACGGAUUUCCAAACCCUAGGCCGGACUAUUGCGUUGGCUUCUGUGCCAAGGCUUUCUCGCCCGAUGAAUUGGAUCUACUGGCCGUAGUACCUGGUAUUCCAUCAAGUUUCGUAUCAAUGGACGACAUGUAUUUUCCAUUCCUUACCUGCGAGGCCAAGUCUUCCAACGAGCCGAUAUUCUUGGCGGAGAACCAAAAUGCAUACAGCAUGAUGGUGGCAGUCUCAUCCACAUUUGAGCUUUUUAAGGCUGCAAAGAUGGAGAAAAGGGUACAUCGGAGGGUUUUGGGAUUCUCAAUCUCCUAUGACAAUAGGUAUGUGGUUGUGAACGGAUACUACCCUGUCUUUGCCGGCCAACGCCUGAAGAUCUACCGAACACAGAUAUGCCACUUUGUGAUCUCACCGAAAGCCUCCGAAAAGUGGCAAUCAUGGCACUUGGUCCGCAACAUCUACGAAUUUUGGGCUCCGGAGCACCUAGACCGCCUCCGCAUGGCCAUCGAGUUGCUUAAGUUCACCACCGAUGUGUCCGGCCUCAGGAAUGGAGACGCGUCGAUAUGCACUCAAGACUAUUUCAACAUACUACCUUAA